ACAAUGCACGAAUAAUAACCGUCGUCUCAACGUUAACCAUAGAACUUGACAGCAGCCGUUGAUUGUGAUAUAACCUCAAAAUGGCUACGUCUAUUCCAAUAGCAGUCCGUAGCUCAAUCGGUGUGAGCAUGGGGUUAGGCCCCCCAGAUUAUAAGAAUUUGGAUGCGUUUACUCCUGUUAUAAGUAAAACAUGCCGCACUAUGUUAUUUAGCCCCGAUGGAAGGUAUUUUGCCUAUGUUAAUGGACAAAGACUUCAUAUUGUAAAAACGGAUAAUUGGAAAGACGUUGCCGUUAAUGAGGGGGUAAAAGCUUAUUACCUUGCCUUUUCACCCUUAGGGACUUAUUUAAUGAGUUGGGAGCCAUUCACAGUUAGCAAUGCAAAUCCUCAGGCUUCUCCUAAUCUUCAUAUUUAUAAAUGUGAAACAGGGGAAUUGGUGAAAAGCCUUAUUCAUAAGAAACAAUCUAAUUGGGAGCCACAGUGGAGUGCAGAUGAGAGGGUAUUUUCAAGACUAAUUGGAAGUGACAUUACAUUUUGUGAAGAUUUCAAUCUUGAUAAAGUUGUGUAUCGCAUAAACUCUUGUAAAAUUGCUUCUUACACUUUGUCUCCAAGUGCUACAGGCAGUGUAUACUAUGUACUUUGUCACAUUCUUGGUUUGCCUGGUCAGCCGUCUUUUGGAAGAUUAUUCAAGUAUCCAAAUUUUGAAAAUCAACAGGCAGUUGCAAAUAAAAGCUUUUUUCAAGCAGACAAAGUAGAAUAUUACUGGAAUCCAAAUGGCACAAGUGCUUUACUGCUUACUAAUACUGAAGUUGAUAAGACUGGUGGUUCUUAUUAUGGUAAACAAGGCUUACAUUUCAUUUCAACCAGUGGAGAGGUUGCCAUUGUCACAUUAAGCAAGGAAGGUCCGAUUUACAGCGUUGCUUGGUCACCAAAAGGACACGAAUUUUGUGUAGUUUAUGGUUUUAUGCCGGCAAGAGCGACUCUCUACAAUACCAAAUGUGAGUCAGUCUUCGAAUUAGGUGGUGGCCCCCAAAAUAGCAUUUACUACAAUCCAUUUGGCAAUAUACUUUUAAUUGGUGGUUUUGGAAAUUUAAGAGGACAGAUACAGCUAUGGGAUGCAAAUUCUCGGAAGUUAAUAGGGACUUGUGAGGCUCCUGAUUCAACCCUGUUACACUGGUCCCCGGAUGGUGUUUACUUUUUAACUGCAACCACUUCUCCACGACUUAGAAUAGGUAACGGCUAUAAAAUAUGGCAUUACUCAGGAACAUUAAUUUUUGAAAGACCGUGGAGUCAACAAGACGAACUGUACGACGUAUUUUGGAAGCCUGUUCCCAAAGACACAUUCAAGGAACCGAAAAUUUCUUCUGAAAAAGUGGAUGGUAUACAGCCGGCACAGCCACAAGCUUCAAAGCAAGUAUAUAGACCUCCUUCAGCAAGAAAUAGACCUACAGUUGCAUUCAAUCUUCACGAUGAUACCGAUGACUUACGACCAGGUAGUGCUAAAGGACCAUCUAAACAAGCAUUAAAGCAACGAAAGAAACGAGAAAAUCGAAAGGCGAGAAAACAAGACGAAAAGGACGAAGAUGAGGUGGAACCGAUACCAGUUUCUGACAAUAAUGUAAAAGUCAGUCUAACAGGGGACACCGAAAAAGACAAGAAAAUAAAAAAUAUAAAAAAGAAAUUGGACGCUAUUGGGAAACUGAAACAACAACAAUCCCAAGGGAAGACUUUAGAAGUAAACCAAGUGGCCAAAAUAAAAAUGGAAAAAGAACUUCUCGACGAACUCAGUAAACUGCAAUUGUGAUUGUUUUAAAUUCAAGGAGAAUGUUCGUUUUGUUGAUUGUUAAGAGUAUUUUUAUAACGAAACAUUUUUUUGUUUUAUACUAAUUUUUCAAUUGUACAUAAUAAAUGCCUUAUAAUAUUGCA